CGAGCUCGCAGCGUAUCUCAUAGUAACCGGUGUUCUUGUUUACGGUGACAGAAGCACCGGUUGUUUUCCACUAUGCGACAUUCCACGGGGAACGAAACUUCACUGCUGCUGCUGCUGCACGCUAGCUUAUGACAUUGCACCUCUAUCUUUUUCAAUUACACCGUCUUACGUAAACGGGACUAAAACCUGCUCCUAAAACCACCUCUGGUCUUCUGGUGUUGCGUUAGCUCCCAACCAACGUCAAUACAAGCUUUGGUAUUUUAAUUAGAUUUCAAGCUGUAUCGCGAGAGAUGCAAGAGCGUCAUGGUGACAUGCAGUCUAAUGUCAAUGCUGCAUUGUGUGUCCUGCCAGCCUCCCAGGGCUCAGUUCAAGCUCGAUAGUCAACGGGACGCAGUAACGCCUGCUCAAAAUGUAUCGAAAAGUUUGGUUCUCCUACUAAUGUGACAGCUUGCUGAAUUGUCUACUUGGCAUUUUCUGGAAAUGUCCAAGACACGCGAAGUGCUACUUGUUGGGGAAGGCAACUUCUCUUUCUCAGCAGCUUUGAGCGAGACCGCAGGCGAUGAGGUCGGCGUGACCGCCACUUGCUUUCAAAGCGAGAAUCAAACAUUUAAACACGAGGGAGCCGUGUUGAACAUACAGCGACUCCGUGAGAGAGGAAAUGCUGUUCUGUUUGAAGUGGACUGCACUUGUCUAAAGGAGCACGAAGCCAUCCAGCAUCAUCUUUUUGACUGUGUUAUUUUCAAUUUCCCUCACUGUGGGCGUAAAAGUGGCGUAAAGAAGAACCGCAUCCUGUUGGUGAAAUUUUUCCAAAGUGCCGUUGCAGUCCUGAAGGACAAUGGGGAAGUGCACGUCACCUUGUGCAAUGGGCAAGGCGGCACUCCGUGUGACAGUCCAAUGAGAGAAUGGCACAAUAGUUGGCAGGUGGUUGCCAUGGCAGCAGAAGCAGGGCUAAUUCUCAGUGAAAUCCGUCCCUUUGACUGUGAAACGUAUCAAGGUUACAGAUGUACUGGUUACAGGAGUCAAGACAAAGGUUUUCAUGUAGAGGGAGGUCUGACCCACAUCUUCACUCGGAGUCUCCCGCACACCAUGCCUGAGAAACUGAAAAUGGAAAAACCCAUUGGGAAGGAGACCGUUUGUUUUGAGCUUCCGGCAGAGUUGAGUAACUAUAUGAACAGGAACUUCCUUGGUCAGCAGUCCCAUCAUCCAGUGAAAACUGUCCAGGAACAGUUACUUCGAGAGCUAAAGUCAGUCUGGCCUGUUUGCAGUAUAAAUGAGGAUUUCCCAGAACUGGUAAGCUGCCUACCAGAAACACCUGAGGCUUGUGACUCCACUCUGACCCAGUCAGAGGUCUACUGGAUUAAACCUACUGACACCUAUAUAUUUGACCAAAGCGAAAAUGAGCAAAAGGACUGUGAGUCUAUGGAUGACCAACAAAGCUUUACUGGCAGCUAUGCACUUCGACCGUCUCUGUUGCUGCAUGUCCAAGAGAUCACCCAGAACGAGGACUUCAGCCCUGGUACGCUUCAUGCGGUCAGUGGCCUGGUCUUUCAGAGAGUGCCCAUCUCCCUGAGCCGUUCUCCUGCAUUCCACCAGCUUCUAUUAGUGGGAAUGUUCCCUACAGAAUCCCAUCCUCUCCAGUGCUUCCAAGAUUGUUUGGAGUCGCUUCUCACUUCUUACAGCGUCUCCUUUGAAGAGGCGCGAAUAGGCCUAGAGCAGCAAGUGUGGAUGAAUUUAAAGAUGCUUCCCAAGUUUGGGCGGAUCGCAUCACUACCCUCUUUGUCUUCAGCCCUCGAUGACGGUUUUCAGUUAAUUGCCGUCUCAAUAAACUUGGAUCAUUUAGCCACUGUGAUUUUCGGCAUUUCUGACUGGCGCUUGCUUUGGAGUGCCGAUCCUCGCUUUCUUAAGCAUUUCGAGGCCAAUCCACUUGGACCUUUCAGUCCUUUCUCCCUUUACCCACCAAGCUACUCGCAUGAUGUCAGUUUCUGGAUGGACCCAGAAAUCUAUGAGGAACUGGACUUCCAUGCAGUUGUGCGAGAGGCUUCUUGCGGUUCUGUUAAAAACGUGGCGUUAGUGGAUCGCUUCAGACACCCACACAUGGGUCACGCUAGCCUCUGCUAUAGGCUGACAUAUCAGUCGUCAGAUCGCGCCCUCUCACACAGCCAGGUCUUGGGACUACAGAAUCAGCUACGGAGACUGUUACCCCUGCGCCUGCAGGUCACGCUGAGGUGAAGAGGUUUAAAUGGAUGUAUAAUCUCAGAUUUGAAUUUUUAAAGAUGAAAUUUAGCUUCGUAGAUGGGAAGA